AUGGUGGACGUGGGCGGCAAGCCGGUGACGGCGCGCGCGGCGCUGGCCGAGUGCCGCCUGCACGUGGGCGGGCGCCUGCUGCGCCUGCUGCGCGACGCGCGCCUGCCCAAGGGCGACGCGCUGACGGUGGCGCAGCUGGCGGGCGCGCUGGGCGCCAAGCGCACGGCCGAGCUCAUCCCGCUGUGCCACCCGCUGGCGCUGGACGUGGUGCGCGUGCGCGUGGCGCUGCCGGCGGGCGAGUGCGCGGCGGGCGGCGCCAUCACGCUGCGCUGCGAGGCGCGCGCCACGGGCCGCACGGGCGUGGAGAUGGAGGCGCUGACGGGCUGCGCGGUGGCGGCGCUGGCGCUCUACGACAUGUGCAAGUCGGUGGACCGCGACAUGCGCAUCUCGGAGCUGCGCGUGCUGCGCAAGACGGGCGGGCGCAGCGACGUGGCGCCGGCCGAGCCGCCCGCGCCGCUGCGCAAGCCGCGCGCGCCCGACGCCGGCGACGAGACAUACGCGCCCACUAAUUUCAUGCACUUCUAG